UAGCAACAGCAGGUCCAGGACGGCAGCAGCUCUGGUUAGUGAGACAGAAAUAUCCGUCAAAGUUAAGAAACAUAACCAAAAUGGCACCCACUGCUUCCCGUUGAUCGUAGUCACUAUAAAUGUCACUGAUUUCGUCCUAAUUGAUCGCUGGUCAACGAUUUCAGCCAAUAGUAUUCCCCCUAGUAUGAUCUCUGGGGUUAAUUCUGAGCUCUGAUUGGCCGAGAGAUGUCGCGUGUGGUAGAAAAUGGAAGUUUCAGCUGAACGCCUACCUGUGGUUCCUGGAUUAGAAAACGAGAUCCAGAGAGAAUUAAUACCUGGUCGCAGGCAGGUGUGGCCGCUGCUCCUCUUACCUGAGGCUUAAUAUUACUCAAACUUACGUGUGACUGAGAGUAAGACAACAGUGUUUUGGCUGACAGUGAUCCUCGCGGCACUAUGUGAGAAAAACGCCCACAAAACUCCCCCAAAACAUCAUAUUUAUCGAAGUUAAUCGUUAAUGUCGUCUUGUUGAGGAAUAGUAAGAUACAUUUGGAUGAGUGGGAGGUUAUCAGUGUGUGGAGGGAGGUACUGUGUGGCGGCCGUCAGGAGAGGGAGGUGACAUUAUCGUGUUCCUGGCACAGCAGGCAGGCACUCCAGCUGAGAUGGGUGAGUGUGGUGGAGGGAAGGAGGAAUGAUGUACAGUGUGGAUGUGUUGAGAACUGUGGGGCGUGGUAGUGGCGCUUCAGUAGUAGGCAUGGUGUGUCCUCCUCUGUCAAGUGCCGGCACCGGCAGCGCCUGUGUCCGCUGCUGCCACUUCAGGAAAAAGCAACGUUUACUGGCUGCUUUAAGCGCCUCCACGGGGCUCUCCCUCCUCCUCUUUGUCCUCCACACUUCCCCCUCCUUUCUCUCCACCAAAGACCCACAGGACACGUCAAAGGAAUUACCAGAAAAAUCUCACUAUGUUAAAGACGUGAUAGAAUCUCACCAUGAUAGACAGGAGGUGAGGGAGACACAGGUGUUGAGGGCCGCCACUUACAUCAGUGACACACGUUCUCAGAGACUCCCCCAUAAAAUCAGUGAUAAAAACAAUGAAAACUUGGCUAGAGUCGAGGUAAAUGAUGGUGAGAGGGCGGCAGGUGUUGAGCCAGAACUACAGGUGUUGCCAAUGGAGUGGAAACACCCACUGGGGCAACACUGGAGACGUGUAGGUGAUGAUGGGACCUUUGAAGUCGGCACACGUCGUGGUAUUGAUUCCCCUACAGGAGUUAACUCAGCCAACACCUCCGAAAACACGGCACAAGGCUCCUCCCCAUCUCUAGCGGGCCCUCAUGGGCUCGUGGCUCCUGCAGAGGCGGAGAGACAACACAGACCCCUCCUGCUGAUGCUCGACUACUCCCGCCCUUCAUACUACCCCUGGAGGACCACCAAGGACGAGUGUACCAACUUCGCCACCAGGUUCUUGGUGGAUGGUGGGGCCCCUGUGAUGGCCUUGGUUUCCUUCCCCGGGUCAGGUAACACGUGGCUGCGGUACCUGACGGAGACGAUAACGGGAGUCUUCACUGGCUCCGUCUACCACGAAGAGACCCUGGCCAAGAGAGGUUUCUUAGGUGAGCGAGAUGGACACAGGAAAGGCACAACACUCAUGCAGAAAACACAUAGCUAUCCCCUGCUGCCUGAAGAAAACUUUAAUGGGACGGAAUUCAAGCUCCUGCUGCCAAGGUCCCCGAGGAAGGUGGUACUGCUUAUACGAAGUCCCUGGGAAGCUGUCGUUGCUCUAAGACACUAUCAUGCCGCUGGUCACACAGGCUUCGGUAGCAACACUUUCUUCAGGGGUCCUGGGUGGGCCAACUUCACAGUGCACAAAUCCAAAGUUUGGGUGAGGUUAAACAAGGUGUGGCUUACUCUACCCAAAACUACUAUCCACGUCAUCCACUACGAGCACCUCCAGCACCAGCUCGAGGAAGAAAUGCUACGUCUCAUGAGGUUUCUGGGGCUGCCUCUAGACUAUGGCAGACUCGAGUGCCUCCUCAGGUACCCAGAGGGCCGUUUCCGUCGUCCAAAAUACCCAAAGCAAUUGCAAGGAUACCGCUUCCCAGUCAAGGUGGACAAGAUCCUUCAGGAGGGCAUGGCGGUCUUGAAUGCCAUCUUGGCACGAGGCGGCCAUCCUACCCUACCCACACACCUCUACAACUUCAAGCCUAUUUUCUAUGGAUCGGGAGACUCGCCAGCACCACUAGUUGCUGUACCCGUGGAAGGUUAAUUUAAGAG